AGGAUUGUCUCAAAACAAAGAAAUUUGUCCUUUAAUUUCAGUGCGCUGAGAAAAAUAGUGUAAAUCGUAUACUAAUAAUGCCUCCGUUUCCUAAGCAGAUCAGUGAAAUAUAUCAAUCUUAUCCAUUUUAUGGAGCACCUGAUGGCGAAAAAUGUUUAGAGAAAACUUAUUACUAUACCAAGUACAGCACUGUUUUUGGUGCAGUGUUUUCUGUAUACGAAAUGGUUUUCAUGUCUAAACCAAUGACUGUGGGAAAAAGUCUUGCUAGAUUUGCCCAUUUCACUCUACCGUUCGCUGGUAUGGGAUUUGUCUUUGGUUCUACUGUCUGCCUUGCAGGACAGCUGAGAAAGAAAAGUGAUAUGUAUAAUCAUCUGUUAGCUGGUAUGGCUGCAGGCUCUGUAUGGGGCUUUAAAUAUAACAGAAUCAGGCCUGGUCAUGUUGCAGCAGUAUGGCUUGGAUUUUUAGCAGCAUAUUUCAAGUACUUUGAUGAUCACAACAUACCUACAUUUAGAAUGGAACCUGAUGAACUCAAAGCAAAUUAUCCACCUUUGGAUUUCUCUAUAAAAUUAUAUGAUGAUCCAGGACGUCCUAAUUUACCUUGAAUUGUAAUCAGCAUCUGAUAGAAAAAUUUUUAACAAAAUCUAUAAAGUAAGAUACUUUAACAUUUGAGCUUUCUGCUUGAAUGUAUUACAUCUAUUGUUAAAAUGAAUAAAAUAACUGUUGUGUGGAUAUUAUGAA